AUGUCUGGAGAGUCCUCCACCUUUUUCGACAAAUUUUCAAAAAACCCAUCAUGUGAAACUGUCCUUAACAUUGAGGAAUUGUUACGGUUUUCGGGCGUCAUCAUUGAGUUCUGUGGUAAUAUUUCAUUAAUAUUACUUAUAUUGUCCAUAGAAUUGCAAAGCGUCGCCCUGGCUCCUGUUAAAAAGGAUGUAGGCGGGAAUAUAAAAAAAAUUGACAAAGCGCGGCACAAAUACAACGUCACAACCGUUGAAGAGAUGUUAAUUAAAGAAAUUGAAGUAAAGGUGAAUAAGAAUAGUGAUUCGGGAACAAUGGCCUUGUUGUGGCUAAAACGGGCCAUAGAGUUAAUUAUUGAAGUUUUGGCUGGAUUAGCUGAGUCACCAAAUCUUGAAAUGAAGGACAUUGUCUAUCCCGCCUACGAAAGGACGCUGAUGAAGCAUCACAACAUCAUAAUGAAAAGCGCAUUUAGUGUUGGACUAAGGUUAUUCCCUGACAAAAAGACAUUCCUGCUGCGUUUGGCUUACAACCAGCCGAACAUGGAAACACAGGUUUUGAAAAGUAUGAAAGAAUUUGUUGACGAGUAUCGCACAAUUACUGAUCCUCUUCACCAGUUGCUUGUGAAGUAUGGUGCCGAGGGAACUCCAACUCCAGAAGCCGACGCUGCAGCAGUCUCUCAGCAAUGA